CCCCCCUCUAUGAGAGCCAGUGUUCCUACAUUCGAGCCACUGUGGCUCAGUUUCUCCACUGGACUCGUGGUCAGAAGGAUGUGGGGCCUUUUUCUGAGUAUUCUUGCUUGGAGUACUGGGCUUAUGCUGAUUACAAGUACAUUGCAAUGUUGUUUCAUGACCAGCCUUUUAUGUUUGAGGAUAUAAAAUGGUCCGAGUUUGGCUUUGAGGGGCGUGAUGGUAAAGAGAGCACUCUAUGGAUCGGCACAGAGGGGGCAAACACACCAUGUCACYUGGACACAUAUGGCUUUAACCUGGUGCUGCAGGUUCAAGGACGGAAACGUUGGCAUCUCUUUCCCCCGGACAAUACAGCCAACCUUUACCCGACCAGGAUCCCGUACGAGGAGUCCAGUAUCUUCAGCCAGGUGGAUGUUCUCCACCCAGACCUGAAGAGAUUCCCUGGGUUUAAAGGUGCCAAGGCCCACGUCGUCACUCUGCAGCCCGGGCAGGUGCUGUUCGUUCCCAGACACUGGUGGCACUAUGUGGAGUCUGUGGAUCCCAUCACCGUCAGCGUCAACACCUGGGCUGAGCUGGAAGAGGAUGACGUGGCAAGAGUCACAGAAGCUGUGACCAGGACGGUCGUCUGUGCUUUAAAAAGUGCUCCGAGUGAUGACAACACCGACAACUGGCUCAAUCCCACUGAGGUAGAAAAAGCGUCCCACAGUGAAAACCUGCGGGACCUGAACCUGGCGGUGUCGGCGUGUGCUCAGAGAAAGACGAGUCUCUCCUGUGACGACCUGGGCUCAGACCUGAGAGACACUGCUCCUGUUAAACGAGACUCAGGAGGACAGGUAAAGCAAAAGAGAAACAGGGCUGAGGUCUCUGUAGCCUUCAGCGCUUCGUUUGGACCACAUCUGCUCCCUGUUCGCUGUCAGCAAGAUGAACUGGACGAUGGUGAGGUCAGCACUUCUUCCACAGCUCAGGAGGGCGCUGUUUGUUCAGAGAGACCUGUGGGAACCGAGUCCACCAGGCCCCAGCAGGGACAACAYGCAUGUGACUGUGCUGCACAGGAUCCUGGGCCUUCAGAGAAAAAUAAAGCACCAGGACUCGCAUCAUUAACCACAAAUGACCUGUUAGACUGUCUGGUGCAUCCUGACAUCAUCAGUCGUGUCACUGAGCUUCUUUUGGAAAGACACCAAGACCUUUCAUCUUCAGCUGCCAAAGACUCUGAGGGGACUGCUCUUAACUAGGCUGUGGGAGGAAAAACGAAGAAACAAGAAUCUGUCUGUAAAACUUAAUGACUUCCAUCUUGUUCUUUAAUCAUGUUAAGGUCCCUCCAACAGGAGGCUCAGAUGUGAGCUUUCACCAGGCAGCGCUGAUGGUUCCAGCUUUUGUUCUGCCCAACAUCUUAAUCCUGUUUGGUUCUUCCAGGAGAAGAAAAAUCACCGCUUCAAUCAAGUUAGUAUGCUAAUAAAAUAAAUAAUUCAAAAGAAUA